AUGAACAGGAAAAAAAAUGUUAUCUCUAAUAUUGUUUUAUAUCUCAGAUACCACUCCCUUGUAGCUAAAGAUUUCCUUAUUACAUAUAUGCCAACUUUAAAAAUAUACAAUAAAGAAGAGAAAAAAAAAGUAUUUAAUUAUCUUACGAGGUUUCUUAUGUUCACCUUUUUAUUGGUUUCUUUUAGAUCGUGGAAUUACGAAAAUGAAUUAAAAAACGUACUUAAUUUAGGAAUUAAAAGAUCAUUAACGGAAAAUAAAAAUAUGGAAAUGCAAUCAAAAGAAGGAUCAAACUUCUGCGAACAUGUAGUUGUAACAGAAGAAACUUUAGAAUCAUGGAAUGAGCAAAAUGCUAUAAGGGGAAGUAUAGAUGCAAAAGAAGGAAAUGAAAUAGAUAUAAAAGAGAAAAAUCAAAAAGUAAAACUUAAUGAAAGAAUUUUAGGAAUAUGCAAAAAUAAUUUUAAACUAAUUACAUUUUCUAUUGUUUUUAUCUUAUCAAUUUGUUCCUUUAUGUUUGCUGUAUUAUAUGCUACAAAUAGUGUAAAUAUUUACCUUCCGAUUUAUGAGUUAUCUAGUUUAUCUAUUUUAAUUAUUUCAAUACUUUUAGCUUACGAGGAAAUCAAAAUUAAACGUAAAAGCAAAUUUAAGUAG